AUGGGCCAGGCGGGCAGCCACCCGGCCGGCGCGGUCCCGCACCGGGCCCGCCGCUCCAACACGUUGACUCACGAACCCCUCCGACAUGCACCGAAGGUGCUACCAUCUCUACCGGAGUCGCCGUGCUUACGGAGUACGGACAAUGGCGCGAUUCUUCAGUCUGGGGGAACCAUUAGCGGACGGAGGCCUGGGUCCAUUCAUCAAGAGAGCUCCAGAUCGACACAUGGUCUUGGGCACUCAAACGUGUAUAGAUCACGCUCUGCUGGCAUGUCAGGGGAAUCCGGGGAUCUGCGGUCAAGAGAACGGGAUCCCUUGCAUCGGUCUCAUACCAAUCUCGACAUAAGACAAAACGAAAAUGGUAGUAUAGGCAAAAGGUUCGAUUCAGAACCUGAUCUGAGAAUAGAAGAGGAACAACAAAUUCAAAGAAAUAAUAACAAGCACUUUCGUAAAAAAUAUCGUGCACCUCCACCGCCUAGCAACGAUCGUCGAGGGGGUUCAUCGCCAGAUUCCAGCGUCGGGAAUGCGAGAUCAGAACCCCAAAGAAAACUUAGGCUAUUUAAAACACGUAAUGAAACUAAAAAAAUAAAUAGACAUCCAGACUCGAAAAUUCCUACUAUUAGGAACACGUACACUGAUUUUAAGUCCCUAGAUAUUAAUGAUCAGCCAUUCGAAAGGAGAUACAAAUCUCAAUGUAAAAAUAAGGAUCAGCAUUUGAACUAUCCCGACAACAGGGACAUGGUACAGAGUUCAGUAUCAUUAAAAAGGGAAGAGCGAUUAUUACAAUGUAGAAACGAUUCGAAGAAAACGAGAACAGAUGUAGUAAGUGGAUGUAAAGCAAAAACGUCGAAGAGUAAUGAACAAAGCGAAGCAUGGAAGACACCUCUUCUAGACAGAAACUUCAGAUACUCUGAAAGAUUUAAAAAGGAUGACAGCGAUCAUUCAACGUUAAGAAGAGAAAAAACGUUUGAUAAUUCUUUGCUCGAAAGGAAUCGAGAAAACAGUUCAUCUAAAAACAUAUUCGAAAAAGGGUUAAAGACCUUAGGAGAACAAAAGAAACUCAGUCCACUUGCCGAGAGUAGCAAACCACUGAGAAAAUCUCUUCCUUCAUUAUUACCGAGAAAUGAAGAAAAAGAUGAAUUUCAAGCGGAGCUUAAAAAGGCUACAAGUAGAAUAAGAAAUGAAUUAGGGAAUAAACUUAAUAUAAGUGAAAACAAAACUAGUCAACUUAAUAAAUUCAGCGUAGAAAAACCAAACCCAACGAAAACUCCAGUCCAGACAAAAGUCAAAGAAUCUAGUCUUAAAACAGACAUUGUGCACACAAAACAAGACUCAAAAAUUACAAAUGUCCGAAGGCCUUUAUCUAGGACGAAUGAAGUUAAGUCUAAUUUGUCGAUAUCACAAAGCAAAACUACUAAAAACAACGACAGAUUCAAUACUAAGGAAAAUAAUCGACCAAUGCCAGAUAGAGGUCAAGCUUCUGGGAAAGAAUCUACUCCAGAACAUUCUCCGACUAGGAAAAGGGAAUUUACAACUAACAUCUCACAACAAACGAAAAAAACAGCACCGUCAAAACAGUUCUAUUUUGGAAUGAUUGAAAGCAAACAAAUAGAACCCAAGGACCGUCUCAAAGACUUCCCAGGAUUAGGCAGUCCAAUAAUCGAAGAACUAAAUAACUUCCAUUUGAUAGAACAGAAGUUGCUCAAUUACCAUGAUGAUGACGCAGAGCUAGAGAAGUUCAACGAGAAGUUUAAAGAAGAUUGUAAAAUAAGAAAUAUAUCAUCAGAGUCAGCACUUUCAUCGGAAGGAUCUGAAGGCGAAGGUUCUGAUGGAUCGCUGGGUAUUGCACUAAGGCUAAGGCCUACGUUGCCUAAGAAACAAACGUCAAUAUCUCAUUUCUCACCAUCAGCUGCAUGGCGGCAGCUUGCCAGUUUAGAUGCGCAUCUUGCGUCUGAAACCCAGCCGCUAGCAGUGGAAACAAAGAUGUCAGGUGACAUAUCGGCGGAAUCAUCUCCGCGCUCCGAUCCAUCAGCAGAUAAGUCAGGCGACUCUGGCAUAUCCGGCGAUCAUGCUCACAGUGACCACAGGAUUGAUUCUCCGUCCAGGCAUCAUAUAGGAGACGCCGUUGGUGCGACGUGGACUCCGCAGCAAGACCUAGGCGACAGCAGUUCGGACGGUGCGGGGGGUGCGGGCGGUGCGGGGGGCGCGGGGGGCGCGCCGCUGCCCGCCGGGCUCGGCGUCGCUACCUAUAGCCCUGGCGCUCAGCCCUUCAGCCUCUCGCUGCCCAGAGAACACCAGGAAAAGGGCAAGCAACUGCAGCAAGGUUUCAACAGUCUUCAGAAGCUGAGGAAGUCGGUGUCAGGGGCGUUGGGCGCUGCUUUGGGUUCCAGAAGAUUUGACCUGGAACACGAGCCAAUGCCCGAGGAGCCUGAACAGAACUGGUUCUUGACGAAAUCCGCACCUAACUCGUUGAGCAAUCCACUGCUCUUCCAACCACUGAGGUCGAAAGGAUCUCUCGACGAUGAUAUUAAAGAACAACCAGGUCCUACGGAAAAGGGGGCUGCAAGUGGGUGGCGAGCUGGUAGCUCGUACGUAUCGUGGGGGGGCCAUGUCAUGUACCUGCCCCCCGCUGCGCAGCCGCACUCCAUGCCCGCGCUCGACCGGCCCGUCAGGAGCAAGUCGAGCGGGUGCCUGGAGGCUGCGGCGAGGGCUGCCCGGGCGGCGCUGGCGGGCGAGAUGCGCGAGCGGGAGCGCUCGGCCUCGCCCGACGUGGCCCGCGCCGUGCCAGCCGCCGUGCGACCAGCUGCGCGACCAGCCAACCGGUGCCAGCGCAAUCAAACAAACGCCAACGGCCGGGGCAAGAGAUUCACGUUCCAAUCGACAGUGCGUCAAUUAGAGAGGCGGAGGCUCGCCGAGAAGCUGUCCAAGGAGGCAGAUCUGAAGGAGCAACAGCGAAAAACCGAACUGGAGGCUAUGCGGAGAGUCGAGGAAGAGUUCCAGCGCAAGCGGGCGCGUGAGAAAGCUAACAUAAGGCAGCAGCUGCGGCUAGUCAGCAGCGGUGCCUCCAGCCUACCCACCACUAACAACAGUAAGGCGAGGGACGAACCGGACGGCUCGUGCCGCGCAUCGCCUGGAGCGCGCGACACUCGCGCGCGGCACAGCAACACCUCCUCAGAGACAAGCACACGCAGUAAAAGCACCACGCCUAUCCGGUGCGUGGAGCUGUCGGAGUGGCGCACGGGCCCCGCGACGCGCGUGUACCGCGACUGGGCGGCCGCGCACGCGCACCCGCCCGCCUGCGCCACCAUCACGCGCGCGCACCACGCGCCCCACGGGGUAGAGGGCGAGGCGUUCAGCGGCAGCCCGCGCUCGGACAAUUACCGGCUGGAAUUCGCGCGCGGGCGCUCGCCGCGCUCCCCGCGCUCCCCGCGCUCCCCGCUCACGCCGCGCGCGCCGCGCCUGCUGCCCGCGCCCGGCUCACCCUCCUCCUCCGGCUCUGACAUGUCGCUGCGUCCCAUACGCAUCAGAGAGUGCGACGAGACGACAGGGGACGGCUUAGAAGCAGAGGAGCCUGCAAUCGUGCCCACGCUGCGGCCCGCCGGUCCCGCGCGGCCCGCUAUUGCCAUUCGUUGA